AAUCAGACAUCUUGGCACAUCAGAUCAUCAGUGGGAUUUCAUAACUUUCCAUUAUCUUUCUCCCUGAUUGUUUGGAACUCCAUAGAGUUAAUGGCAAUUCAAGGUUUUCUUCUUGUUUCACUCCUGUUUUCAUGCUUGGCAGCCACUUCUGAUGGUGUAGAAACCUUCUCAUCUCUUCAGAAAAGUCUUAUAGUCACCGCUUCACCAAAACUCGGACAAGUACUGAAAGCUGGGGAAGACAAUAUAACAGUGACAUAUUCAUUCAACAAAUCCCUAGCAGCUGGGACAGAUUCAAGCUACAAGACAGUAAAGUUCAAGCUCUGUUACGCCGCUGUUAGCCAACAGGAUCGAGCCUGGAGAAGAACUGAGGACCACUUAAACAAAGAUAAGACCUGCCAACACCAUAUUGUUACUAAGCCAUACAGUUCCUCUAACACCACCUUCACCUGGACAGUAGAGAGGGAUGUGCCAACUGCUACAUACUUUGUCCGAGCAUAUGUUUAUAACUCUGCAGACCAAGAGAUAGCCUAUGGCCAAACCACGGAUGCUCAUAAGACCACUAAUUUGUUCAAUGUCCAGGCAAUUAGUGGACGCCAUGUGUCGCUUGACAUUGCCUCAAUUUGCUUCUCUGCUUUCUCUGUCGUGUCUUUGUUCGGUUUCUUCUUCCUGGAAAAAAGAAAAGCCAAGAUGUCCCAAGCAAAGUGAUGCAGUCUCUUGAGUACCUUAGUCAAAAACUACUCUACGUUCUAUUAGUACUUUGUAAUAGUCGAGUUGUGUUUUCUUCCUAUAUUAUAAUUUAACUGGAAGUCUCCAGUUGCAUGUAAACAAUCAAUAUAAAAAAUGCUCUCAGUCUAAUACAGAGCCUUUCAGGGACUUAUAAACCUUCUUGUAAUGAUAUUCAAGUUUGGCAGAGAAGCUCGGCUAUAGAAGUUAAAUAAAUUACUGAUCAUAUGUAUCAUCUCCUGUUCUAUUUAUUAAAGUUGUGAUAACCAUGUUUUCUGCCCA